AUGUCUGGAGCAAUUUUAUUGCUUUUAGUGCUGGCCUCCACUGCCUCUGCUCAAACAGUCGAUGAAAAAGCCAGGGAAUUCUUGAGAAAGUUUGACGAGAAUGCCACGCAUCUUGUAUACCAGUAUUCCUUGGCAUCAUGGGCUUACAACACAAAUAUCACCGCUGAGAAUGCAGACAAAGUGUCUCAGGAGGGCGCAGCUUGGAGUGCUUUCUACACUCAAGUAUCAGAACAGUCAAAUGAAUUCCCUAUCGAUCAAGUUAACGAUCCUGAGAUUAAGCUUCAGCUAAUGUUACUCCAAGACAAAGGAUCAGGUGCACUGUCUCCUGACAAAGCCACCCAUCUAAACAAUGUCUUGAAUGAAAUGAGCACCAUCUACAGUACAGCCACAGUAUGUAAAGUUAAAGAACCCUUCGACUGUCAGACUUUGGAACCAGGUCUGGAGGCGAUUAUGGCUAACAGCCGAGACUACUACGAACGCCUGCAUGUAUGGGAGGGAUGGAGAGUUGAGGUGGGGAAGAGAAUGCGACCCCUGUAUGAAGACUAUGUAGACCUGAAGAAUGAAGCAGCCAAACUCAAUGGUUAUGCUGACUAUGGAGAUUAUUGGAGGGGGAACUAUGAAACAGUGGAUGAACCUCAAUAUGCCUACACUAGAGAUGAUGUGAUGAAAGAUGUCAGACGCAUAUAUCAAGAGAUUUUGCCUUUGUACAAGGAGCUCCAUGCUUACGUGAGAGCCAGGCUUCAAGACGUGUAUGGUGGACACAUCUCCUCCAAUGGUGGCAUCCCUGCUCAUCUUCUUGGUGAUAUGUGGGGAAGGUUUUGGACAAAUCUUUAUCCACUGUCAGUUCCCUAUCCUGAAAAGCCAGACAUUGAUGUGACCUCUACCAUGGUUGAGCAGGGCUGGAGUGAAAAGCAAAUGUUUGAGGAAGCAGAAAAAUUCUUCAAGUCUGUGAAUAUGUUUGCAAUGUUUCCAAACUUCUGGAACAACUCAAUGCUUGUGAAGCCAAAUGAUGGCAGGAGUGUAGUGUGUCAUCCAACUGCUUGGGAUAUGGGCAACAGAGAGGAUUUCAGAAUCAAAAUGUGUACAAAGGUGACCAUGGAUGACUUUUUAACUGUCCACCACGAGAUGGGACACAAUCAGUAUCAGAUGGCUUAUCGUAACCUCCCUUAUCUGCUGAGGGACGGAGCCAAUGAGGGUUUCCAUGAGGCUGUAGGAGAAAUCAUGUCUCUGUCAGCAGCCACUCCCUCACACCUGCAAGCACUGGGAUUACUGCCUGCUGAUUUCAAGGAAGACAAUGAAACUGAGAUCAACUUCCUGCUUAAGCAGGCCCUAACCAUAGUGGCCACACUUCCAUUCACUUACAUGCUGGAGGAGUGGAGAUGGCAGGUCUUUGAGGGAAAGAUCCCAAAAAAUGAAUGGAUGCUGAGAUGGUGGCAGAUGAAGAGAGAAUUGGUUGGUGUGGUUGAGCCUUUGCCCAGAGAUGAGACAUACUGUGACCCCCCUGCACUAUUCCAUGUUUCUGGAGAUUAUUCUUUUAUCAGAUACUUCACUCGGACCAUCUAUCAGUUCCAGUUCCAGGAAGCACUAUGCAAAGAGGCUGGUCAUGUUGGCCCCUUAUUCAAAUGUGACAUCACAAACUCAACUAGAGCUGGUGAAAAAUUAAGACAGAUGCUGGAGUUAGGAAGAUCAAAGUCAUGGACAAGGGCUCUGGAGCAGGUGUCUAAUCACACCAAGAUGAUGUCCCAGCCUCUACUGGAGUACUUCAAAGAGCUCCACGAAUGGCUUCAAGCAGAAAAUGCAAAGAACAACAGACAACCAGGAUGGGAUGUGUUAGUAGAUCCCUAUUCAGAAAAUGCCAUCAAAGUGAGACUCAGCUUAAAGGCAGCCAUGGGGAAUGAUGCUUACUCCUGGAAUUCCAAUGAGAUAUACUUAUUCAAAACAACGAUGGCCUACGCAAUGCGACAGUACUACUCCUCUGAAAAGGGCCAAAAGGUCGACUUUGUAGCGGAUAAUAUUCACACCUACAAGGAAACUCCAAGGAUCUCAUUCUAUUUUGUGGUCACUGAUCCAACCAAUCCAGCUGUGAUUAUUCCCAAAGUAGACGUGGAAGCAGCUAUCUGGCAAUCCAGAGGACGAAUCAACAGCGUGUUCCAACUGAGUGAUGAUACACUUGAGUUUGUGGGUCUUCAAGCAACAGUGGCUACUCCAGUGGAAGAGAAAAUCACUAUUUGGCUGGUGGUGUUUGGUGUGGUGAUGGGAUUGGUCUUUUGUAUGGGAAUUUAUCUCAUCAUCAUGGGAGUUGUACAAAGGAAACGGAAGUCUAAGGCUGAGAAACUUGAGAACCCAUAUGAGGAGACAAACAGCGGAGUGUCAAAUAACGGAUAUGAGACUGACACUGAACAAACUGGACUAUAA